AUGGUGGUACCGUUGUGCCGGCUUCGCACUUGGGUUUCACUUGCCCGCGCGCCACGUGUGAGACGAUGCGAUGCGAUGGGGGCUGUCACCGCCACACAUGGGGCGCCUGCUCGAUGGAUGCGACUCGCUGGAUGGGCACGUCUGAUGUCCGUCUGCCACGACUGCGACUCAGCGAGUGAACCAAUGCUACCAAGCCGGCCUGUACUCGUCAAGGUUUCGCAACAGGGCCAUCGCACGACCAGCGCAAUAGGACCGUGCAACCGGCGAUUGACAAACGGCAGGGCAGUGCAUGUCCUGUUCUUGUUCACUGUCCCAGCAUAUGCUUCCUCAGUGCUUCCACUGCCUUCCUGGAUGCCUGAAAAUCAUCAGGCCAGGACAGCGACGGCUCAGUGUGCCUGGACUAUGAUUGGCGGACCCCGUAGUAUAUCCAUGGGCUGCGUCAUACAGGACACCGUUGCUCAGUGGGGCCUUAACCAGCGUCGCGGCUCUCGUUGUCCAGCGCUAGCACAGGAGACAAACAGGGAAGUGCCCUCGGAGCCCGAAUUGAGCGGAGGCGGAUGGAAGCCCGAAUGA